AUUUCCACCUUACAAACACCGUGGAGUUUUAAAUUAGGCCAACGAAGAGAAAUUCUAUAGAGUUCAAUUAAGCUAACUAUCUCAACACUAUUUAAAGCACUCGAGCGUAUAGUCUAUUCGGUCCUAUAGAACGGAUAUAGCCUAUCAAAACUCACAUCUAAUUGGCCAAAUACGUGAUGCAUCGUCCAAGAAUCAUGUUAUCUUUUAAUAUGGAAUACCUUAAUAGCGCCUAUUCCCAAUUGAAGAUAUCAACGUUAACGAGCUAUAUGUGGAGAGGCCUUCUCCUCAAGGGUUAUUUAAGCUUCUCGUGGAAUGAUACCUAAGGAUUUGCCAAGGUCUCCAGAAAGUCAAUUUGAUAAUGUAUGUAUAUGUCGCAAGAGCCGGGAGGAUAUUAAGAGCCUAUCGCUUGCAAGGGACUUUACCUAAGGUAUAAGAUUUUAUAUCUAGAGUAUAUAUGAACCGACUCUAGCGUUUCUGUUUACAAUCUCGGUUACACUCUCUCUUCAUCACAGAAACUCCUUAACCCCUUGUCUCAAACCGAUAUGGCGAAAGUAGUAGUUCAAGCUGAUCAAGCUCCUGUAGCCGGUGAGCCUUGCUCGACCGAGAAGCAUUUGAUAAAUCACGGCGCUCCGAAUGUUCCAUUCUUCACGCCAAUCCAAGACCCUCCGGCGGGAUCUCCGUGGGAUGUUCAGCCAGAAGGCUCAUUAUUCUCCCCCCUAAAGAUCAAUGAGACUGUUCUUCAUAACCGAAUUAUCGUCUCACCCAUGUGCCAAUAUUCCGCCAAAGAUGGGUACAUGACUAUGUGGCACCACGUUCACCUUGGAAGUUUCGCGGCCCGAGGACCAGGUCUCAUUCUGACUGAAGCUACUGCCGUUUCACCUGAAGGACGCAUUUCACCCCAGGACCUAGGCCUUUGGGAGGAUGGGCAAAUCGAGCCGUUGCAGAAGAUUGUAGAAUUCGCGCAUUGCCAAGGCGUGAAGAUUGGCGUGCAGCUGGCCCACGCCGGGCGUAAAGCAAGUACGGUUGCUCCCUGGGUUGAUCGAAAAGCCGCGGCUCGCGAACAUUCCGAAGGAUGGCCAGAUGAUGUAAUCGCCCCGUCCCCUGAAGCUUACAGCGCACAAACGCUCGUCCCUAGAGAGGCGACCAAAGAGGACAUCGAAAAGUUCAAAAAGGAUUGGGUUGCCGCAAUUCGUCGUGCAUUGAAAGCCGGUGUAGAUACCAUCGAAGUUCACGGAGCUCACGGCUAUCUCCUAAACGAGUUCCUCUCGCCCAGCUCCAACAAGCGCACCGACGAAUACGGCGGCUCCUUCGAGAACCGCAUCCGGCUGUACCUCGAAGCCGUCGACCUGCUCAAAGCCGAAGUCCCAAGCGGCUUCCCGAUCCUCGCGCGGGUGCCCGCAACAGACUACCUCGAGCACGACCCCGACACGCCGCAGUGGACACUCUCCGACGCCAUCGAGCUGUCAAAAAUCCUCGUGGCGCGAGGUGUCCAUUUCCUCGACGUGACGGGUGGUGGAACCGACGCUCGCCAGCGUAUCACCGCCAAGCCCGGGUACCAAGUGCCGUACGCGGAUGCGAUCAGGAAGGCGGUAGCAGGAACCGGGGCGUUGGUGGGAACGGUAGGGGAGAUCACGUCGGGGAAGCAAGCGCAAGGGAUUCUGGACGCGGGCAGCGCGGAUGCGAUUGUGGUUGGGCGCGCGUUCUUGAAGGAUCCGGAUUUGGUUUGGCAUUGGGCGGAUGAGUUGGACUUGGAUAUCCAUGUGCCGAGUCAAUAUGGUUGGGGUUUCGGCAUGACGAGGACUCAUAGACAUAAGCGGAACUAGGGGGCAACAUACUCCCCUAACUAGAGGCUCUGGAGGAUGCACGAUUUGACGAAUAUUAGAUUUUAUACUUACACGGAAAUAUCCUAUGAAUUGUCAAGUAUCACAAUUGAUAGCAUUUAGAGAAUCCAUCUCUCUUCAGGUACCAUGUUAUAAUUAGGUCGGUCUACGGUACUAUAUCAUGCUAACUCCGACUAACUCCGG